CCAAGUCCACCCAAUUCUAACAACGUGGAACUUUGUUGUUCACAUUAAGCAAUACAAUAAUAUAAUAGAUGAGAGCAGCAAGAUCCUCACCAUCUUAUUAUUAUUAGCUGAAAAUGGUGGUGCACCACCCUAUUCAUCAUGCCUUCUUCUUCUUCUUCAUGCUCCUCCUUUUCUCCUUCCCAAAUUAUUCACAAUCUUUAACCACUUAUGGGGAGGAUGAAAGGGCUAUUUUACUUAUCCUAAAACAACACUGGGGGUAUCCAUUUUCACUAUUUGAGCAGUGGAACUCCACUUCCUCCCCAUGUGACUGGCCUGGAAUUUCAUGCAACUCCAAUGGAAGUGUCACACGGAUAUCUCUCUCCGAAAUGAUCAUGGGAGGAUCAUUCCCUGCCUCAGCUAUUAUAUGCCAGCUCAACAACCUUGUUUCAAUCAAUUUCAGUUCCAAUAGUCUUUGGGGAACUAUACCAGCUAACCUAUCCAGCUGCUCAAAGCUUGAAACCUUAGAUCUAUCCAUAAAUGAUUUGACAGGAAAAAUAGCAGGUGAGUUUUUUUCCAUGAAAACCCUGCGUAGUUUAAAUCUUCGAGGCAACAUGUUGUUCGGUGAGAUACCGACACCCAUGGUGGCUUAUAGUUUGGAGUCUCUUGAUGUUUCAAGUAACGAUUUGAAUGGAUCUAUACCAGAUGAUAUAGGAAAUUUUUACAACCUUAGCUACUUAAAUUUGUCCAUGAAUUCUUUGAGUGGUCCAAUACCUGCUACAUUGCUGCGGUUGCAUCAACUCUCUCAUCUUUCACUUGCCUCUAACAAUUUGACUGGUGAAAUUCCUGCUAGAUUAUUUGACUUACUUAGUCUGAGUAACAUAGAUAUUUCUCAUAAUCAUCUGAGUGGAAGUAUUCCAAGAGGCUUUGGAGAACUACAUCAAUUGAAGAAUAUUGAUGAAUCAUACAACAAAUUUUCCGGAGAAAAAAGCGAAACUGUUAGCCAUAUGUGGGAUGCGAGACUAACCCUUGCAACAAUUGUAACUUGUGUCGUGAUUGUAGCGGCAGCAGUAGUCAUCAUUGGGAUAGGAAUUCUGGUGUUCAGACCUAGGGUUGGAAGGAGAAAACUCAGAAAAGAAAGUGAUGGAGAAGAAUGGAGUAUGAUUUCAUUUCAAAGGUUGGGAUUCAAUAAAUGGGAUAUUUUGGGUGGUUUGAUUGAUGAAAAUUUGAUUGGAAAUGGAGGGUCAGGGAAAGUAUAUGGAGUGAUCACCAAGAAAGGCCAAAAAGUUGCUGUUAAAAGUAUAAGGCAUGAACAAAAGCAAGGGCAGGGAUUACUGGAGAAACAGUUCCUAGCAGAGGUUAAGAUCCUCGGGGGAAUUUGGCACAACAACAUAGUGAAAUUGUUAUGUUGCAUCAGAGGAAAGACAACAAAGCUUGUUGUGUAUGAAUACAUGGACAAACAAUGCCUUCAUAAAUGGUUGCAUGGAAAGAAGAGGGGCUUAACUACUCAAAUCUUGCAGUGGGAGAGGAGGCUAAGAAUUGCCAUUGGAGCUUCACAAGGGCUUUGCUAUAUGCAUCACAGUUGCAAUCCACCCAUUAUUCAUAGAGAUAUCAAGUCUAGUAACAUACUCGUUGACUCUGACUUCAAUGCGAAGAUUGCAGACUUUGGACUGGCAAAGAUGAUGAAGAGUGAAGGAGAUCCAGAAACAGCAUCUGCUAUUGUGGGAACCUUUGGUUACAUUGCCCCGGAAUACAGCAGUACAAGAAAAGUGGACGCGAAGAGCGACAUCUACAGCUUUGGCGUAGUUCUCUUGGAAUUGACAACGGGAAGAGAAGCAGUGACUAGAAAUGAGGAUAUAAACCUGGCACAAUGGGCACACAAACACCAAAGAGAAGGGAACUCGGCUGCAAAUGCCCUAGAUGAGGAGAUCAAGGACCCACGGUAUCUGGAGGCAAUGAUCGCUGUUUUCAAAUUAGGCCUUGCAUGCACUUUGAAUUCCCCAUCAAGCAGACCGUCCAUGAAAGAUAUUUCACAGAUUCUUCAAAAAUACAGCAAAAACAAUCAUCUGUCUCUAGAGAGCCAAUAGACAAUAUAAUAUUUCCACUUUACUUUUGAA